UUUUUUUUUUUUUUUUAAAUAUGUGUGUUGGGGCCUUUUUUAGGGCGGGUAGGAAGAGGAAAGCACUUUAACAUUUGAACAUUUUGAAGAGGUUAAUCCGAAAAAUAUUCUGACAGUUGGGAGUGCUCGGGGCCACCGGGGUGACGCGCUCUCGGGCAGUUGCGGGCAGCUGAGAGUUGAAUGUCUCUGACCCUAGACAGAUGGGUUCUGGGAAAUACCUUAAAGGGUGGCCUGGCCUUUGAUCGUCCCCAACCGGGGUGAGAGGACCUAGGCUGUGAGGAGAGUCCGGCAACCGUCUCAGACCCUCUGUGGAUUUUCCACAUGAAGUUGCCUGCGCGUCACCAGAGCGAAAUGUCAGAGAGGUACCUUCCUUCCCCAGGCUCGCGCGCGCGCACAAGGCGGCCACUGAGGCAGCGGAAGGCAAAGUGGGACCCCGGGUCUCCAUCCCCUAUUACCCCACUCCCCAGGGCCGUCCUAGGGGAGACAGAUUUCCCCUCAGAGCGUGGGUCCCACACCUUGACGGUCUGCCCUGUCACCCACUGCCACCCGGUCCCGCGCAACUUCCAAGGUUCACGGGGCUACCAGCGGCAGCCAAGUGUCUGAGCGGAGCGGCUCCAGGCGGGGGAAACGAUUUUGCAGAGGAAAUAGGUUAAUUUCCUUCUGGGUUGUUUCCAUUCCCGGCACCUCAGCAGACAAGUGAUAGAAGUUUGUUAGGUGGCGUGUAAAAUGUCAUCAAACACAGGGUGGGGGGAGGGUCGUAGAAAAAGCUCCCGGGGAUCCAACUGGGGAAACACAAUUACAACUUGUUAACCUGGAAGCUGGUUCUGUUUGCACAGCUAGACACCGUGCCAGCUCCUUUGCGGAAGGAGGUUUUUACCUUUGGAUUGAGAUUUCAGCCUCGGUGAUCUGACUGUUUUUGCAAACCGUACUGAUGAGCGUCUGGCUGCAAGAAAAUGCCAGAUCCUAUGCUGAGAUCUCCCCAUGGUACCAUUAUGUGGCUCUGUGGGAGGGGGGUGGGGGGAAUAUCGUCGAAACACCUUUUUCUGGUAAUUAAGGGAAGGGCGUCUAAGAUAGAAACUGACAGUACGUAAAUAAACAAUGCAGCCAAGUGGAAAAAUGGUCUUAAUGAGUACCACUAGCCCCGAGUUUUCCUUCUGUGGUUUCCAGAAACAGGACUUUUCCUCGGUGGAACUCCCGAGGAAGACACUUAAAUUAGGGGCUUGGGUUUCAACUCAAUGGUCUUGCAAAAACGGAUGAAUUGGUUGUAGCCAGUGAUUCAUUUAACUUGGCUGAGGCAGCUUACCAGGUUAGAGUUGGGAUUUUUGUUUUUUAAAAUGACUAGUCUGGACAACAGGGGCUAGAGACAACUUGUCAGAAGCCUUAUCUUCCAGGCUACACCUUGAAGGAGAGCCCCAGUGCUUUGGUUCUGAUGACAUCAGCAGCCAUCUCCCUGCUUUCCAGGACUGUCUUUUGAACUUGGACCAGAACUGACCCUAGGUCAACCCCAGAGGCUGUAUGAUAAUCCAGUAUUUUUAUGCAUUCAUGCCAAAUCCUUACAACACCACAUUAAAGUACAGUGAAAGACCCAGGUGACACCUAUCUCCAAAUCCUGUGGGAUACCAAAUUUAUUUAGGGUGUGCCUCCCCCACCCCUUUCUGUGAGACAGUAGCCCAAGCUGGCCUGAAACUCACUGUGUAAGUGAGCCUGGCUUCAAACCCAUAGCUCACUUCCUGCCUCGGCUUCCUGAGUGCAGCGUCUGUAGGUCUGUGAGCAGAGAACCUCUCUCCAUUUUUUCUUCUUCGUGUUUAUUUUACAUUCUCUCCUUUUUCCUUCUUGAAGGAGACACUGAGAUAACCAAAAAGAUACUAGGAAAUACUCUCAACAGCCUUUUUUUUUUUUUUUCUCUAAAGGACAUGGGGGUCUUGGGGAAAAGCCAGCAGGAGCUCACUCAGGCUCCCAGAGCUUUCCAGUCGGAAAAUACUAUAGAGCCUGCUUUCACAGAUGAAAUUUAGUGAUCAAGAGAUUUCUGCCAGGUAGUGAACUAUUACCUGAGGGCUUCCAGAAGAUAAACCCAGACCUGAAUCCCUGUAGAUGGUAACUCAGAGCCAGUCAGGGUCAAAGGCCAUCCUUGGAACGGCCUCUUCUUAGGAGAAAAGAUCUGGACUCAGACUUCAGUUAGGUUGAGAACACCGAAAAUCAAGAAGUGAGAUGGUCACCAGAGAUAAUCAGGUUGCUUAAGCAGCCUUGCCAUUUAGAACCCCCACCCCCACCCCCAUCCCCACAAGGCCUUUCCUAUCAGGUACAACCGCAACACCAAACGGACAGGACGGCCGUCUUGGCAGUCUGUAAUUGGUAGAGGCUUUUGAGUAGUCGGGCUGAAACUCGGCCCCGGCUGCUUCGUGCUCAGUGUGGCAGUGUGUCGAGCUAGCUGAACUGCUGAACCCAUGACUGAGAGAAGAGCUGAGAAAACUGCUUCUUCGGCAACCAGACACUUCCUCAUUUUACGAUUCCUUUUUAUGAGGCAUGAGCUGUGCACUGCUUUGAGGAUGCCCAGAGACACUUACUAUGUUGAGUAAACUUUGAGGCAGGCUGUUUUUGUUUCUGUUGGGUUUUAGUGUUUAUUGUUUUGUUUGGGGAGGUUUGUUUGUUUGGUUUUUGUUUGUUUUGGGGGGUUGGGGGGGCGGGGAGAGAAGGUAGGCAGUAUUGUAGCCCAGGCUGAACUUUAAAUUUUUUUGAGACAGUGUCUUGCUAUGUAACGAAGCCGGCAAUCCUCCUGCCUCAGUCUUCUGAGUGGUCCACAAUGCCCAUUUUGUUUAGUAAACUUUUAGCAAAAUGUUAUGUAGGCAGUGGGGUCUGGAAAGAGUAGCUGAUUGCCUGCCUCAUGCAAUCUCCCCCCACCCACGCUGGGUAGGGGUUGAAAUGAACUAGGGUCUCACUUCAACCCAGACUAGCUCAAACUUACCAUGUAGCCACAGGUGACCAUGAAUCCCUUAUCCUCAUGCCUCCACUUUCCAUAUGGUAGAUAGCAUGCUACCAUGCCCAACCUUUUUUUUUUUCUUUUUCUUUCCUUUUUUUUUUUGAGACAGGGUUUCUCCAUGCAUUUUUGGUUCCUGUCCUGGAACUCACUCUGUAGCCCAGGCUGGCCUCGAACUCACAGAGAUCCGCCUGGCUCUGCCUCCCGAGUACUAGGAUUAAAGGUGUGCGCCACCACCACCCAGCUGUGCCCAAGCUUUUGUAUAUCUUAGAUAUAACAUGCCCUUAUCAUCUUCCACUCUGUUACGAGGCUACAUUGUGGUCUGAGCUCACAGCCAUCCAUAAUAGGACAUAGGAUGCUCCAGACUCAGAAAGGAAUAAACUCUGGAGAAGGUUUGGGGAGGCCAUCUUACCUUUAUGAUGAUCUCAAGAGUAAGGAAGCAAGUUUUGUUCCCCUUAAACCUCCAUUAGUUGGGCAUGGCUGGCUUAUGAUUUUAAUCCCAGCACGUGAAAGGCUGAGACAGGAGGAUUGCUGCAAGUUAGAAGCUAGCUGGGGCUAUAGCAUGAAUGCAAGUGAAAGUUAUAUUUGGUUGUAGCCAGAACAGUGCUAGUAAAGGAACUGAUCGCCCAGCAGGGGCUCAGAAAAUAAACAGAAGCUAGAAGUUAACUGUCUUCUGGGCAGCUGUCACAGAUCAAAUCUAAUGUCCAGCUGCUUCACACCCACUCGGGCAAGACCCUUCCAGGGUUUGCACUUUUCCUCUUAGCUCAGUGUCCUCGGGCCACCCACUAGGUUCAGCCUGAAAAGUCAACUGAUGAAUAGAGCUUAAUGCUAAAGUCACAAAAUGUCAGCUGUUAAAGCUGGAUGAUGUUAGAGAGUCUCCAAUCACCGCUGGCUUUAGUAGAGCGUGCUAACCCCAGCACUUGGGAGGUAGAGGCAGGCAGAUCACUAUGAGUUUAAGGCCAGCCUGCUCUAUGUCUAUAUCAAGUUCCAGGACAGCCAGGGCUACAUAGAUAGACCUUGUCUCAAUAAACAACCUAAAGAGUCCCCAGUCGAUUCUCCUUUGAUUAAAGAGGAGUGCAGGCCCAGAGAUGGGAACUGACUACCUCAAGUCACACAGCUGUGUGGCUAAACAGUUUAAGACCUCUCAGCCGGGCAGCGGUGGCGUACACCUUUACGCCUUUAAUCCCAGCACUCGGGAGGCGGCGCCAGGCGGAUCUCUGUGAGUUCGAGGCCAGCCUGGGCUACAGAGUGAGUUCCAAGAAAGACUCCAAAGCCACACAGAGAAACUCUGUCUCGAAAAACAAAACAAAACAAAAACAAAAAUAAAAAAAGACCUCUCUGUACAUGGAGGUCAAGAGUGCUUUAGGGAUGGUGAGGUGACUCGGGGUGAAACUGACAACCUAAAUUCAGUCUCAGGAGCCCAUCUGGUGGAAGGGGAGAACCAACUCCCCCAAGUUGGUCUCUGACCUCCACCUGUGUACUAUGGCACGAAUACACCCCACUCCUCCCGAAUAAAUAAGCUAAUGUAAUUUUUAAAAAAGGGUUUUUUUUUAAGGGUGCUUUGUCAGCUUAGCUGCUAGAGUGCUUGCCUAACAUGCAUGAAGCCCUGGGUCCCUAGUAUCACAUAAGCCCAGUGAUGGCUGAUGCCUACAAUCCCAGCACUUAGGAGGUCUUGGAGACACAGGAGGGUCAGAAGUUCAAGGUCAUCCUCCAUGCCAUAGCCGUUUAGAGACCCCUUGAGCUAAGGGAGACCGUGGAAACGGAGGUGCUUUGACAAAAAUGACUUCCUCACAAUGAACAUGGAAAGCACUCCCCUCCCUGGCCCUUCAGACUGGUGCUCGGUGGGCUUGGACAAUCUGAUUCUGGACUGUUUGGGCCAAAACCCUUUACCUCCCUGGACCUGUUCCCCUGUUUUGCCAAUGGGGAAGAGAACAAGCUGACUGUGGACUCUCUUGCAGCCUCAACGUCCUGUAAUUCUGACUUCGUUUGGAGGCCGUAGGUUGAUCCUAGCACCACCCAGCUUUUUCAAGAGUAGCGUGAGCAGCUGCAAGCAGAACUUGGAGGCUGUCUGGACGCAGCCUUCGGAUGGCAGUGGGAACUUUAGUUCAGCUCAAACCACAGCUGCUGCUUGGUUCCCUCCAUCCAAAAAAAUACAGAAUCUUGAUCAGGACAGAGGUUCAGCUUGUCUCCCUGGGAUCUUUAUCCUAAUAUAUUUCUGUUCAAGGUGGUCCCGAGGACUCCACUAAGACUCUAAGACUUUCUGGCCAGGUGGCGGCGGCGGCGGCGGCGCAUGCCUUUAGUCCCAGCACUCGGGAGACUGAGGCAAGAGGAUCUCUGUGAGUUCAUAGGCCAGCCUGGUCUACACAGUGAGUUCUAGGACAGAACAACAAGAGCUACAUAGUGAGACCCUGCAAAAAAGCUAGGUGUGAGGUGAUACUCAAGACAUAAAAAUCAGAUUUUGUGACCUUAUAAUCUAAUUGAGCAAAUAAGACAAAUGCAUGAAAGUAAAUAAUUCCUCUCACAUGAAGAUGAGACCACCUUAGUUGAGUUUGUCAGAGGAAGCCUUAUGGAAAAGGAGGACCAGACUGAGCAGGGCAGUGGGAGUUGCCACAGCAGCUGUAGAGACCGUGCAGCUUGAAGAAAUGACAUGGCCAAAGGCAAGGUAGCUGGAAAUCAAGAGCUUCCGGGAACCCUUCUUGACCAUGGCAGAUCAAGAAUGACCCAACAGAAUUCGAAGCUUUCUUCCCAAGCCAAUGUGUAUACCCAAGUGCCUGAUGGAGGAUGGGGCUGGGCAGUAGCUGUUUCUUUUUUCUUCGUUGAAGUCUUUACCUAUGGCAUCAUCAAGUCAUUUGGUGUCUUCUUUAAUGACUUAAUGGACAGUUUUGAUGAAUCCAACAGCAGGAUUUCAUGGAUAAUAUCAAUAUGUGUGUUUGUGUUAACAUUUACAGCUCCCCUCUCCACAGUGCUGAGCAACCACUUUGGACAUCGGCUGGUGGUGAUGGCAGGAGGGUUGCUUAUCAGCACGGGAAUGGUUGCCGCCUCCUUCUCCCAGAGGGUCUACCACAUGUACAUCUCCAUCGGGGUCAUCUCGGGUCUAGGCUACUGCCUUAGCUUCCUCCCGACCGUCACCAUUCUGUCACAGUACUUUGACAAAAGGCGUUCGGUAGUCACUGCGGUCGCGUCUACGGGAGAGUGCUUUGCUGUGUUUGCCUUUGCUCCAGCCAUCACAGCUCUGAAGGAACACAUUGGCUGGCGGUACAGCCUCCUCUUCGUGGGCCUACUGCAACUGAACAUCAUGGUCUGCGGCGCCUUGCUAAGACCAAUCAUUAUCAAAGGACCAGAGUCACCGAAAACAAUCACCCACGAACCCCGGAGAGAAGUGCAAUACAUGCUUGAAAAUGAGAAAACAAGAACCUCAAUAGACUCCAUCGACUCAGGAGUAGAACUAACUACCUCACCAAAAAAUGUGCCUAAUCAAGCUAAUACGGAGCAGGAAGCCAGAGCUGAACAGCACCAGACCCUGGUGGUUGGUCCCAAGCACAGCCCGAAGAAAACCCCGCUGUUAGACUUCUCCAUUUUGAAAGACAAAAGCUUCAUCUGUUACGCAUUGUUUGGCCUCUUCGCCACACUGGGCUUCUUUGCACCUUCCCUGUACAUCAUCCCCUUGGGUAUUAGUCUAGGCAUUGACCGCGACCGCGCUGCAUUUUUACUAUCUACGAUGGCCAUUGCUGAAGUGUUCGGAAGGAUCGGGGCUGGCUUUGUCCUCAACAGAGAGCCCAUUCGGAAGAUCUACAUUGAACUCAUAUGUGUCAUUUUACUGACAGUCUCUCUCUUCGCCUUCACUUUUGCUACUGAAUUCUGGGGUCUCAUGUUAUGUAGUGUGUUUUUUGGCACUAUGGUUGGGACCAUAGGAGGGACCCACAUCCCACUGUUGGCCGAGGAUGACGUCGUUGGAAUCGAGAGGAUGUCAUCUGCAGCUGGAGUCUAUGUCUUCAUUCAGAGCAUUUCAGGGCUGGCGGGACCACCCUUGGCAGGCCUCCUGGUGGACCAGAGCAAGAUCUACAGCCGGGCCUUCUACUCCUGCGCAGCGGGCAUGUUCAUGGCUGCUGUGUGCCUCGCCCUGGUGAGACCCUGUAAAAAGGGCCUGUGCCAGCAUCCUCAUUCAGGUGAAAACCAGACAGACAGCCCUCACAGGAAGGCGUUACAGGACAUACCAGAAGACUUUCUGGAAAUGGAUCUUGGGAAAUGUGAGCACAGGGUUCAUAUGAAAGUGGAUCCAGUGUGACACACUUUCAUGUCAUAGCUUCUCUGUGGCCUGGGAAAAGAGUCCCUGGGGCAGGUGCCGACCACUGGACCCCACCUUCAAAACUGAAUAAAGGGAAUGCAUGUGUGAACAGCAGCACCAACACCUUUCCCUUUCUCUUAAGUCCCUUUUGCUUGCUCUUUAAGCCAAAACCAAAACAACCAAACACUUUUCGGUACAGGAAUCCAGCCCUAUUCAGUAGCAAUACAAAGCUGGGUGCAAGAACACUGGUUCACAUCCCGGCACAAACAAUGCCACGGAUUGGCAAAUUGGUGUUAAAAGUACUCACGCGUGUAAGUUACUAUUUUAUAAAGUGGCAUCCAGCCCAAGUCAUGGAAAUGAAUUGGCUGUUCAAAAAAAAAAAUCUUGAAUCAUUAAAAAAAGUUGUUAAUUUUCAGAAAUACAGGUAAAUUAUUUUUUAAAUAAUCUGAAAAAUUACUAAAGUUUAAAUUGACAAAUUAUGGCUUCUGAGUUUUCUAAAUAUUGCAUGGAAAGAAAGCAAUGCUUUAAAGCUAAGCAUUUGAUUAAUAUGCAAAAAAAUUAAAAGCAUAUAACAACUUGAACUUCAAAGAUUACUACUUCUCUUUGUGGCCAGCCAUCACCACAAGUAUUUCAAUAGAAAGGUUAAAUUGCAUUCAUGUUUCCUAUUGUUUUUCAUAGUUCAAGAAAUAAGUGACUGUAGUGUCUUUAAUUUAAACCUCUAUUUAUUAUUAAGUUAUUCUGGGUUGAUUAGAAUGAUCUAAAGAAGGGCCAGUGAGAUGGCUCAGUGGGUAAAGGGGCUUGCCGCCAAGAUUCACGACCCGAGUUCAAUCCCUGGAACCCACGUGGUAGAAGGAGAGCGCCAACUUCAAGAGUCGCCCUCUGACGUCCACACAUGUGCUGUGACAUGCAUGCGCCCACAUACAUAUACACACAAAAAGUUUAAGAUAUAAAAAAAAAAUCUAACAAUCAAAAUACAUAAAAGGUGAUUUGAGAUAUACACAGCAUUUUUUAUUUUAUUUUUAUUAUUUUUUUAUUUUUAUUUCUUUUGGUUUCACAAGACAGGGUUUCUCUGUGAAGCCCUGGCUGUCCUGGAACUAGCUCCAGACCAGGCUGGCUUUGAACUCAAAGGAGUGCUGGGAUCAAAGGUGUGUGCCACCACCGCCUGGCUACAGAGCUUUUUGUUGUUGUUGUUUUGUUUUUUCUUUAACUUCCUUUCUGCAGCUCUUUAUACGCUUCAGAGAGGUUUUCUUGUCUCAUAACAAUCUCCUGACAGCCCGAGCUGUAAUGAUUCUUUGGUGUUGUUAAAUGCAACGUGGGCUAUUUAAAGGGGAGGGGGGGAAAUAAUGGAUGGCAAAUCGUCUCUGUUUUUAAAUUAUCACCUAAGAAUACUUGAGGAUCUUCUUUGAUCAGAAUUAUAGCUCAUUGAAUUGUUGGAACAUUUCCAGUGGUUGUUGUUGUUGUUGUUCAAUCUUUAACUGUUGAAUCAUUUCUUCAUUUCAUCUGAAGUGAGAGAAACGUUUCUGUCACUAUCACGAGUUACAAGUGGCAAUUUACAUCCUCCAUAGCACUUGACUGUCCUAAGUUGCCAUGGGUACCAGGUACCUGGUCACUGUUGUUGGCAAGUUCCACUACGUGUGUGUAUAGUGUGUUCUGCAAUCUAGCAGGUCUCUGUAAAGGGGGCAGUGUGUUGGUUGGGGGGGGGGGGGGGUGCUGCCUCCUGGCCUGUUCAACUGCAUCUCCCCGACUGGGUGGCCGGUGCUAGCUGCUCAAUAUUUCCUCAUCUUUACUGUUCAAGACAACUCAGGGGGAACAUAGAACAAGCCUAGUUUGGUUACAGGUACAUACAAGCUUGAAUCUUUCUCUGCACUCAGAUGAAAGUGGCAUAGUCCGUCACCACCGGCCUCCUUUGAUACAGCAUCUUCUUCUCAGCCAUAGACUAGGACAAUCUGUAAAACUCUGGGGAGGCCGAGUGACUCGACAAAGUGUCUGUCCAAAGACACGACACACCUUAAACAAGAUGGAUGUAGCAAAGCUCUGUGGGGCUGCCCCGAGAAACGCUUUAAGCUUGGGGGCAGUUUUGCAGACGUAUGUGACUUCUGCACUUUACAACCUAUUUUGUACUACGAAUGUUCAAUACGAUUUAAUAUUUAUAACUGAUUUCUGAGGAAUCAACUCCAAGUUUAUUCUGUUUACUGCAUGAGACAAGAAAAUGUAUGCCAAUUUCAGUAUGUCAACAAUCAGAAGUGUAAAUGUUGGGAAGGGGGGAAAAAAAAGAAAAACACAGGAUCACUGAUUUGUUCUGUGUGAGUCACAUUCUGGUACUUCUAGAUUUACAAUAAAUUUUGGCUUUUUAUUUAAACAGUC